GAUAACUCCGAUCCAAUAAGAACCAUCAAAGUAGGAUGUGUCCUUCCAACAAAAGGUGCUGACAUUAAAUCAAUGAUUCACCAGUCUGCCGUCCUAGCAACGCAAUCUUCAAAGAUUGUUCUUUGGGGAGAGUCCGCCCUAGACCUUCGGCGCGAGGAAGUAAAAACGUUAUUGGAAUUGGCAAGUAAUGAAACCAAAAAACAUAAAUACUUCCUAGGAUUGACUUAUUUUAUGCCCUCGGAAACAAGUGACAAAAAAAAAAAUAUGUUUACUUUAAUUGGCCCUGAUGGGGAAAAAAUAUUCGAUUAUCAAAAAACACAUCCAGUUCCGCUAGCAGAGUCACGUACAGUUGAAAGCGGACCAGGAGGUCAGCUACCUAUUGCGAAUAUCGUGAUGCCCAAACAAAAAAAUCAGACACAACUUUCGUUAAAUGUAUCGGCGGCAAUAUGCUUAGACAUGGAUUUCCCCGAACUCAUUACUACUGCUUCAGCAGUAAAUUUAUUUUUACAACCUGCCCAAACAUGGCGAUCUCAUAUUGGUCUGCAACAUCUGCGAAUGGCCUCUGUUCGUGCCAUCGAAAAUGGUUUUUGGGUUCUUCGAUGCGAUGGUGGUGGCGCAAGCGGUUUGAUAGAUCCUUUGGGUAGGAUCCGUAACGUCCAAGUAUCUUCAAGAGCCGAUCGUUAUCAACUACUAAAUUGGGAUCUACCAUUGUCCGAUGAAAAAAUUCACACAAUAUACGCUUCGUGGGGCGAAUAUACGGUUUGGGGGUGUUUGGGGGUGUUAUUUUUAUUAAAACUAUGCAAGCCAUUGAUUUGGAAAAAUGGGCCGAUAUUCAUGAACGAGGAGUGGCAAAAAGGAGUCGAAAUGUGGACCAACGCAAAAAGUUGGGUUGGCAGAAAAUAUGAAGACACGUUUAGGCAUGUAGAACAUGAAGAAUACUUGGAUGCCG